GUGUGACGUCAUCCUGCUGCUCCAGGUGAAGGUCUGUAAAUGUUUCUGCGCUGCUCUUACAGUCUUUACGGUAACGCCUCGCUCUCCGUCCUUUACGGUAAAACGACGGGAGCGGGAAGUGAGCUCUCGGCGGAUUCCCGGCGCUGACGGAGGACGGAGAUGAAGCCCGCGCUGAGAUGAGUGAAAGCGGCGCUCAGCUGUUUGCUCGUCUGGAGGCCCGUCGCUGUCUGAAGGACAUCGAACCUCGUCUGUUCCCUGAAGAUGGUGGACCCGACCACGGUGACUGACCACGCCCACUUCCUGUCAGCUGAUAGAUCCUCUCACCACACGUCAUGUGACCUCAGUGAGGUGGUGGAGCUGUACGGGACAGAGGGAACAGGUAAGACGGAGCUGCUGUAUCACCUGCUGUGUCGCUGUGUGCUGCCCAACGCCGCCGGUGGCCUGGAGGUGGAUGUUGUGUUCGUGGACACCGACUACAGUCUGGACAUGUUACGACUGGUCAGCAUCCUGGAGAACAGACUGAAUGCAGCUGUCUCUACCAGCUCGUCCUCUGCUGGUUCAGAUGAGGCCACGUUGCGUUCGUGUCUGUCUCGCCUCCUGGUCGUCCACUGCUCCUCUUCUUCUCAGCUCCUUCUCACCCUCCACUUCCUGGAGACCUCCUUCUCGUCGCGGCCCAGCCUGGCGCUCCUACUCAUCGACAGCAUCUCCGCUUUCUAUUGGCUGGACCGCUGCGAGGGCGGGGCCAGCCUCGCCAAGCAGGAAGAGAAGCUCGGCAAGUGUUCGGAGCUGCUGGGCCGACUGCUCAGGGAUUACCGAAUCACCGUCUUCGCCACCUGCCACGCCAUCAGGAGGAGCUACAGCGGACCCUCCUCCUCCUCCUCCUCAGACUCCGACCGGCCUUACCUCUGUCGCCCCUGGCAACGGCUGGUGACCCAUCGGCUGCUGUGUGCCCGGCAGGAGGCUGCAAACAACAUGGCCGCCGCAGCAGGAAGCGGCAAGGAGCAGAGGAGACGGCAGCUCUUCACCGUCCACUGCACUUCCUUCUCCUCCUCCUCCUCCUCCUCCUCCUCCUCCUCGAGGACGAAGUCUUACAGGAGCAGCUCCUUCUGCGUCACAGAUGGAGGAGUGGAGUUUAUCUGAAUGAAACGUUCUUUAUUUUUUUGGCUUCAUGUAAAAACAGUAAAAGCUUGUUGUUGUUGUUUCUGUUCACUGAUAUUAAACCUCAGUCUGACAUAAACAGAAAA